UGCAACACAAAACACAACACGAUCACUGCAACUUGCAACGGCCAGAGGCACAAAGGUCAAAGGAAGUAACCACUAAACUAACCACAUCCAGACUAAAUGAAAUGUUUUUACAAUAACCAUUCAUUUUGAUUGGAUUUUCUCCAUAACUGUGACCAUUAGGGGAUGUAACUAAAAUGGAUCUUUCCAGAAAGUAUAAAACCUCUUUCAUGACAUGUUCUACCUGACACCUCAAGAAUGGAAGUAGGCCAGGUGAAAGUGGCAGAAGACAAAGAUUUUGAAAACUUAAAAUACCUUCUCGACAAUCACACUGGAUGGAAAUUAGAUUAUACCAAAACCACAAUCAAAGUCUGGACAAAAAAUGUCUCCAAUACAAAUUUCAAAAUGGUCAAGGUGAAAGCUGAAUUCACGGAUAUUAAUGCUGAGCUCCUGUAUGAUGUCCUCCAUGACCCUGAAUACAGAAAGGUCUGGGACCAACAUAUGAUUGAAGCUAAAGACAUCGGCUGUCUGAAUCCAAACAACGAUGUCGGCUACUACUCAAUGUCUUGCCCCACUCCCCUUGGCAACAGAGACUUUGUCUUGCAGAGGUCAUGGUUAGACCUGGGUAACGAGAAGUAUAUCCUCAACCAUUCUGUCUACCAUUGUCAGCACCCUCCACGUCAGGGCUUUAUACGGGCCACCUCCUACCUCACUGGCUAUUUGGUGCGGUCGUACCCUAACAUACCUGGCUGUGAGCUAGGCUACAUCUCCCAGACUGAUCCUCAAGGCACUCUCCCUCCUUGGCUGGUCAACAGAGUCACUCAGAUAUUUGGGCCCAAGCUGAUCAAAGACCUGCAGAAAGCCAGCAGAGGCUACGUCAGCUGGAAAGCAUGUCACAACCCGUUGUACAAACCUUGGCAUAACCCAGAGCAGAUGGUGUCUCCUCGAAUCAAACUUCAAGAGUGUGUGAGAAGUCCAGCAGAGCUAGAAUAUCGCAGUGAAGAAGAUGCCAAACUAGAGGCAACGCUCAUAAAACAUAAGAAAGGAAAAACAAAAAAGGAGAAAAAUAAAUAACUACAAAAUAAUGUUUACUAAGCCAAGUGAUCUUACAGUUUGCUUUAAAAACAACCAGUUUACUACCGAUUGUGUGUAAUAUUAUCAUUUCAAUUUAUUAGACUGAUACCUUUUAAAUGAGCCAUGAUGUUUUUCCACCUCAUACCGAUGGCUGAUAAAUGAGGUUAACUAUUUCAUAACUACAGACCAAUAACUUGUUUUUGAGUAUUUUUUCUUAUUCAAAUAAAUUAAAUACAAUCAUCCAUCAGUUUAUAUUUUGUGAUUAGAUGAUUUAUGUGGUCUGAGCGUGGGGAGAUUAUUCGUUGCUUUUGUUUCUUAUGGCCUACUAGGAGUAGGUCUAAACACAUGAGUAAGCAUUGGUAUAAUCUAAUGGACCAUUGCAUAUAGCUGAUCUUUACUAGUGAAAUAGUUUUGGUUCAUUUAUGAACGAUCAGUAGUCAAAGUGUUAAAUUUAACCUAAAUCUUUACUCAACUUAGGUUGGCCGUUUGUGUAUUGUAAGUUGUAAUGUGUUAGUUAAGUUUUUUUCGCCUGAGGACGGGAUCAGAUUCCAGAUCCCGAAACUUUGAAUAUGUUUAUUGAGGUAUAUAUAUGUUUGGGAAUUACCUAUGAUUUUAUUCAGUCAAACUCAAAUUCACUAAUCUUAUGUUCCAUGUCUAGCUACUGUAACCAUGUGAAUUUUCAAGUGAAAGUAAAUAUUGAACUACCGUUAGCUCUUUACUUCUAAUUCUUUGACGCCUUUAGGCCAGCUGCACACUGAUGCAGCAUUUCACCUCAAACAAGGGUUGCAAGGCAAA